AUGGCCAACCCGUUCGAAGCAAAUGAGCAGGUCGAUCCACAAUUGCCGCUUAGGCCAUUCCUCGGCCCAUGUUGGAUGGACGACUUGGCCAUACCUGUUGCCGGAAGCUCUGCUGAGGAAGCUGUCCGGAAAGUGGGCAUUCUAGCAGGACUCCUGCUGGAUCAAUGUGUGAACUUUGCCAUGUCUCCGAACCUUGCGGCGGGGAAAACCGAGAUCCUUCUUGCCCUUCGUGGUCGCAAGUCCCGACAACUGCGCCAGCAGUUCUAUGGAGCACAUGGCCGACGCUUGUUUCCAAUUGUCGGUGAACAUGGUUCCUAUCAAAUCCAGGUUGUGACCCGCUACAAGCAUUUGGGUGGUGUCAUUCAUCAUGGUGGAGAUCAGAGACAAGAAGCCAAGCAGCGACUUGCAGUUGCGCAUCAGACAUUUACUCAACAGAGAAAAGUUCUCUACUGCAAUCCUUCGCUGGAUCUGAAAACCAGAACGCAAAUGUUUGAGUCCAUUGUCUGCAGUGCCUUCACCUAUGGAUCUGAAUCUUGGUGCUUUGGUACGAUUGCAGAUCGACAUCACAUUCAUGUUGGCAUUAUCAAGCUUUAUAAGCGAUUGAUUAAAUGGGUGCCGCACAAGCACAAUGGCUGGAAUGAUGAUGAGAUUUGCGAUUUCCUUGGACUGCCGACACCGACGGAGCUCCUGAGGAGGAGUCGAUUAGGUGUCGUGAAGCUGCAUCGACGUUCCUUCGCAGUCUUGCAAGCGGCCGGACGACUUGCGCAAGCAGCUCAACAUGGAGAUCGGCGACAUGACGGAGCUCUACCGCCACAGCAAACACAAGGUGCGAGCCUGGAACCAGUACGUCCUCGAGACAUCAGGGUUGAGAGCACAGACCUCAUUCUCAAGUUGGUGGAUGCGUUGGCAGAUCGUGAGCCUGAUGCUUGUUUAGCUCAGACUUUGCGAGCCACAAUUCAAACAAUGCCGAUAUCGUGGACACAAUGCUCUGCCACGUUGGCAGUCUUUUUGGAGAGUGUAGAUGAUGAUUUUGCUGGAAUGCUGGGCCUUGAGCCUUCGGUUUUGCGAAAGGCGGUCGAGACUCUCCAACGAGUGGAGGCAUGGGAUUUCUUAGAAGCGCCGGCUCUGGGGCAUAGUGGACCUGAUGAUGAAUUGGCCCACUUUGACAGGAAUCAGGAAGGUGCUUUCAAAACUACUCAGCUCAAGGAGUACCCUCCUGCCCUUUGCGCAGCGCUGGCUCAAUGUACAGUGAAAGCCAUGCGAAGCAUUGACACGGCUGAACAGAUUAGUGUGGACACACAAUUUCUGCAGCAGUGUCACCAAAUGGUAAGUCGAGAUUUUGGUGCUUACAUUGGGCCGGACCACGUCAGGUGA